UGGUGCAGAGAAGUGAAGCUUGGAGAUUGACUCAUUCAGCCUGAACAUUAGGGUCCUCCAUUCACGGCUCUGGUGACUCUCUGGCUCUUAGCGACUUUCUCCGCUCCCAGCCUCCAGUCCCCAGAAAGACUCGCUUCUCUUUUAACCUCCUCUUUAACUUCCAACGCCUAUGAAGCUUGCCUCACCUUCUUUCUCUGCCCUGGGAUACCUGAGCCAGGAACCCUUAGAGACCCUCACCUUAGUCCUCUGGCCCUGUGAGCUUUCAGCACAGGGCGGACCAGGCUUUCGCUGUGUGAGGUUCUCCAGCCCGGGAACUUCCACGUUCCUGGAAACCACUACUCGCUCACUUGGUUGCACGCCGGGCUUAGCGCAUGCAAUACUAUUUUAUCAAACCAAAAGUGAAGUAUACGAGCUUUCUUACCUUUGCGUGCGCCUCAUGGACCAUUAGCUGCUCCAGAGCGGUGGAGAUAACCAAGCCGCAGCCCGGAAAGUUGAAGAGACACUUUGCCUUCUGCACUCCAACCUUUGCGCCACCUCAUCCAGCCAGCUGCGCGGGAACCUGCGCAGCCAAGCCGGGACCGGACCCGACAGGGGGCGACAAACUCUUCCCGGUCAGACGAAUUUCUCCCAAUCGGAUGAAGUUCACCUUGGGCCUGGGGUCGCGGGCCUGGAGAGUGUCCUGGGAGCGGGCGGCGGCGGCUGCGGCAGGCCCUGGGGCGGGCGGCGCGCUGGGCAGCGGCUCACUGCGCGUCUCCAGCCGCCGCGGCCCACGGCUCGCGCGCGCCCUCCCUCUAUGCCUCUCCGGCGGUGGCGGCGCCCGAGCUCUCCCGGACUGCGCCGGGCCCAGCCCCCGCCGCUCCGGCGCCAGGCAGCUGGCCGGCCCGCGCGCGAUGGAGCAGACGUACGGCGAAGUGAACCAACUUGGUGGCGUGUUCGUCAACGGCCGUCCCCUGCCCAAUGCCAUCCGCCUACGAAUCGUGGAGCUAGCACAGCUGGGUAUCCGACCCUGUGACAUCAGUAGGCAACUGCGGGUCUCUCAUGGCUGCGUGAGCAAAAUCCUGGCGCGCUACAACGAGACCGGCUCCAUCCUGCCCGGGGCCAUCGGGGGCAGCAAACCUCGAGUUACCACCCCCAAUGUAGUGAAGCACAUCCGGGACUACAAACAGGGGGAUCCUGGCAUCUUUGCCUGGGAGAUCCGUGACCGGCUACUGGCUGAUGGCGUUUGUGACAAGUACAACGUGCCCUCUGUGAGCUCCAUCAGUCGCAUCCUGCGAAAUAAGAUUGGCAGCCUGGCGCAGCCAGGGCCAUACGAAGCAAGUAAGCAGCCGCCUCCGCAGCCUGCACUGCCCUACAAUCAUAUCUACCAGUACCCCUACCCCAGCCCAGUGUCACCCACGGGCACUAAGAUGGGCACUCAUCCCGGGGUCCCCGGCUCGGCGGGCCACGUCAGUAUCCCGCGUUCAUGGCCCUCCGCACAUUCAGUCAGCAACAUCCUGGGCAUCCGGACGUUUAUGGAGCAAACAGGGGCCCUGGCUGGGAGCGAAGGCGCUGCCUACUCCCCCAAGAUGGAAGACUGGGCGGGUGUGAACCGUGCGGCCUUCCCCACCUCGCCAGCAGUGAAUGGACUCGAGAAACCUGCCUUGGAGGCAGACAUUAAAUAUACUCAGUCGGCUUCCAGCCUCUCCGCAGUGGGAGGCUUCCUUCCUGCCUGCGCCUACCCGGCUUCCAACCAGCACGGAGUAUACAGCGCUCCAGCAGCCGGCUACCUAUCUCCCGGCCCGCCCUGGCCACCAGCCCAGGCACCCCCACUGACGCCCCACGGAGCUGGUGUGGCGGUGCACGGCGGGGAGCUUGCAGCGGCAAUGACCUUCAAACACCGAGAAGGGACCGACCGGAAGCCCCCCAGCCCGGGAGGCAAGGCCACGGAUGCACUCGGUAGCUUACACGGACUGCCCAUCCCAGCCUCGACCUCCUAGGGGCUGUCCUCUCACAGAGCCACAGCCCGGUUCAGAGGAGCCGGCCGGGAGUGCAGCUCAGCUCAUUCGACCUCUGCACCUCUGCGCUAGCAGCAUCCUGGAGUUGGGGCCCCGGCAUUGCUUUGGUCUCAACAGUUCCGCCGGUGCUUCCUUCAGGAAACCCUGGAAUUUUUUAGGUCUUUCCGAGUCUUGGUUUUAGAUGGCUGCGUUCUCCUAACCUUCCUAGUUCGGAGAGAGACUCCUGCAUCCACCUCAAUUUAUUUUUGUUUUGUCUUUUCCCAUCCAUAUCCUUCCUCUCUCUUCUUCUUCCUCUUCCACUCCCUCCCUCCGCCUGUUCUCUCUCUCUCUUCCCUCCUUUAUAUUCUCAUCUCAAUCCUUUCUCUUUCUGCAUUCUCUCUCUCUCUCUCUCUCUCUCUCUCUCUCUCUCUCUCUCUCUCUCUCUCUCUCUCUCUCCUCACACACACUUUUCUCACAAUCAAAGGUCUUUACAGCUUCCCUAGGCUCGACUUCUUCAAUCCGCGGGUGGGGAAAACUUCAGUGCAUUCUUCAAGGACCCAACCUUCCUUUAUACCCCUCCCCCCACUCCCCUGAGCAGCCACAGUCCCAAGGGAGUGGGGCUUGAACCUAGGAGCAAAGCCAAAGCCCUUAAUCAUAUAUUUUUAUAGUAACAAACAAGAGUACAACUUCCUUGGAUUGCUGCCCCUACCCCAAGAAUAUUGUUUGGAAACCUUUUGUUUUUCUGUGCCCAGUGACUAGGCUGGCUUUGUUUCUACGUUAAUGUCACCCAAAAGAAGACAGGACAGGAGAAAGAGAUGCUGGGACUGGUGUUGGGACUGGUGGUGUUUUUAGUAAUUAAAGACUAGGCUUAUCUCUCAGCCAGAUAUGCCCAACACUCCUUAAUGUACCUCCAGAGCCAUCAGCAUGGUUUCGGGUGUUUGGGGCUCAGUACAUUUGUUAAUUUUGAAGAACAAACUGCUUCAGGGUGGUGAGGUUCAUUUUGGUUUCUGGUUUGCAAAGAAUUGGGGUGGGCAAAAACCCAGGAACCCAGAAGGCUUCUUCUGGAGCUAGGCAAGAGGGCUAUUAAAUGAUUUCAAGUUAAGGCGCACUGGUGGUGGGGACUCUGAGCAUAAUUCAAUUGUUGUAGUCAUAAACAUAUUACUGGUGAGAGUCUGACUUCACCUGUUAAACAUGGCUGCCUUUGAAUAAAGGAAAGUCUGAAACUCGCCAGCUUGGUGAGGGAGAAAGUC